AUGUCACGGAUCUCCAGCACCGUGUGGCGUGUCAAAUACCUCACCAAGCAGCAAUCUGGAGAGUUAUUUACAAGUGCUCAACACUCUCUGGCCGAAGGUACCGCAAUGAACAGCACAAGAAUCGGCAAACUUCACCGCGACAGUGAGGCGUUCCAUCGGCACGGCGCAGCUCGCAACCAGGGGUUCCCUAACCAUUUCGUGACGAGUCAGGUGCUGCAAGACCUGGAUCAGGAGCAAAGCAACUCUACAUCAUUGACCAGCCAGACGAAGGCAAUUGAGAUCUUCAGCUCCAACGACACACUCGACGCCAACUACGUACUCACGUCGCCUGAGCACAUUUCGGCGCAAAAUUACUGCGCAGCCAGCUUGUUCCAGCAGAAGCGCCUUACUCCGAUGGGUCUCUGGAGUCCCGUGAAGCAACCAGCUCCGUACAGUGUUCUAGGUGGGGAUUCGCUCGACAGAUCUUCGUCUCUCAAAGAGCUGAAGACUCGGAAACCGCGAGCUGCGUACGCAGCGCCACCUCAGCAGCCAGACGAUUGGAUUGAGAUCCGACGAGAGAUGCAGGCUCAGCUGGGCAUUGUAGAUCCAGCAGACCAGUUUGGAGCUACUAAUGCCCGGCCAAUGACGGGCUGCAGCUCGCGCUACUCUGACUCGGACUUGAUGAUCCACACCGAUGUCUCGACCUUCCUGACGGACUCAAACGAUAUCACUGCACGCCCAAUCACGGGCCAAGGCGCUCAAGAGUCCUGCGGCAAACUCGACCGCAGUCUACUGAAGACCCCGCCCCAGAAGCUCACGAUCGGCGGUGGUGCCAAGCUCGCGGCCGCGCGCGGGUGGCACCAGGUGGCCACCAAGACCCAAUUCGUCGUGGCCGCCCCGCUCAACGUCUCACGCAGCGCUCCACUGCUGCGGCACAUUCCUCCAGCGGUCAGCACUGCAACGCCCGCGCCAAAGUUGAAGCUGGCCAUUCUACCAUCACUCUGCCCUCCAGCGGCUCCUAAACCAUGA